UCACUGCAAAGAUUCUGUGCUUACAGACAGCAAGCACCUCUCCUCUCUUCCUGCACCUUCUUCAAAUCUCUCCCGUUUUAUGCUAUUCCCCUCUCUCUUCCAUGCUCUCUCGCUCCACUAGCAGAUGGGAGGGGGGGUCAAACUGAUAACCCCCUAACAGACUCUGAAUCACAUAAUCCCUGGAGCAUUUCCGAUUAAACCAAGGAAGAAUGGAGAUUUAUUCUUCUUGUGUGUGUUCUGAUUAACUGGAAGGGAACAAGAUUUACCUUUUUUCUUCACUGCUUUGUUGCUGUUACUGCAUUUUACCAUUCUACUGAAUUGGAAGAGGAAACUUGUUUAUUUUUUAGUUUUGCCUUUUCAAGGGGAAAAUUCCAAUCAAUCGUUCUUAAUCAGGAUUCUUGCAUUUUGUGUAACUAGAGCAUUUCAAAAUUUCAGAGAAUAUUUCUCUCUUAAAUAUUCUGGGUUUACAUAGCUGCAGGCUUCUUCUUUCUACCUUGACUGCAAGGAAGAAACAUUUCUAAUUUUGCUUUCUUGCGUACUGUCAUUUUUGCCAAAGGGGAAAAUAAAGGGAGAAGAAGAGAAUUUCUGAGGACUUUCAACUGAGGACAGAGGAAGGUGGGCCAUAUCUAUUUAAUGGAGGCUUCUCUAUCUGGAACCUUUUUUUAGAGCAUCUGCUCUGGCGGUGAUGUUUCAGUGGAAGCUGAUGCGAUUGCUGUUCACACUCUUACUCACUUCAGCUCACCAGACUUGGGGUUAGCAGUCAAAAAACAGGACAGAGACUUGCCUUCCCACUGUGUUUGGGGAAGGUGGUUGGGGAGGAAAACUGGAGUUCACCUUCAGAAAACUGAUUUUGGUGAGGAAAAAAAAACACACCUGCUGUACUGGAAGAGAUUGUAUAAAAUCUUAUAUGCAUUCUGUAUUUGAUCGUUUUGAAACAGGAGAAUUCAAGGACUGAUUUGUCUGAGAGGGAUGAGGACACGGAACAACAUCUGAAGCCAGAAUACGAUGUCCCCUGCCACUAAAGAGUAUCUUUAAGAAGAGAUGGUGCAGUAUGCGAUUCAAGAUCUGAGAAUCCUGUAUCUCCAAUAUGAUGACUAAUUCAUAUAUGAGGUACCUGCAACAUCAGACACCCUACAGUAUUACAGCUUCUCUCCAAAUUCGCAAGAGAAAUUAAGAUAUGUGAGUGGUCAGAUGCAAGCACAGAUCCUCGAGUUAUCGCUACUCAGCUUUAUAAGUUUUCUUCGCUGCAGGCCCAUGGGCAGCUGGUUAAGGUCUCAUUAAGAGUGUGAUGUUACUGUGAGAAUUGAACAUAGUACUGUGAGUCAAAGCGGGAAGAAUCAGAAGAGAACAAGUGGCUGUACUCCAUGAGUAAGAAUGGAUCAGUCCCUCUGGGUAUUGUGGAGCUGCUGCGUUACACUGAUUAUACUCACCCCCACUACUCAAGGUUUGAGCAGGGCUGCUCGGCCUUUUGGCCUGCUGCGUCGGGAGUUGUCUUGUGAAGGCUAUCCUAUCGAACUGAGAUGUCCAGGAAGUGAUGUCAUUAUGAUUGAGAAUGCCAACUAUGGAAGGACAGAUGACAAGAUCUGCGAUGCUGACCCCUUUCAAAUGGAGAAUGUACAAUGUUACCUUCCUGACACCUUUAAAAUCAUGUCUCAGAGGUGCAAUAACCGGACGCAGUGUGUGGUUGUGGCUGGGUCUGAUGCAUUCCCCGAUCCAUGCCCUGGAACAUAUAAGUAUCUGGAGGUCCAGUAUGAGUGUGUUCCUUACAAAGUGGAACAAAAAGUUUUUGUGUGUCCUGGAACACUGCAAAAGGUUUUGGAGCCAACAUCCACUCAUGAGUCUGAACACAAAUCAGGGGCCUGGUGCAAGGAUCCUUUGCAAGCUGGUGACAGAAUUUAUGUUAUGCCAUGGAUUCCUUAUAGGACAGAUACUUUGACAGAGUAUGCUUCGUGGGAGGAUUAUGUCAAGUUGCACCCAACAACAACCUAUAAGCUGCCAAGUCGUGUUGAUGGGACAGGCUUUGUGGUGUAUGAUGGAGCAGUAUUCUACAACAAAGAAAGGACUAGAAAUAUUGUCAAAUAUGAUCUACGUACUAGAAUUAAGAGUGGAGAGGCUAUUAUCAACAAUGCUAAUUAUCAUGACACGUCUCCUUACCGAUGGGGUGGAAAGACAGACAUUGAUCUAGCAGUGGAUGAAAAUGGGUUGUGGGUGGUCUACGCCACAGAGACCAACAAUGGUCGCCUUGUGGUGAGCCAGCUAAAUCCAUAUACCCUGCGCUUUGAUGCUACCUGGGAGACAGGCUACGACAAACGUUCUGCUUCUAAUGCAUUUAUGAUUUGCGGGGUCCUCUAUGUGGUUCGAUCAGUGUAUGAGGAUGAUGACAGUGAAGUAGUAGGUGACAGAAUUGAUUAUGCCUUCAACACUAACUUGAAUCGAGAGGAGCCUGUAUCACUACUCUUUACUAACCCAUAUCAAUAUGUAUCCUCUGUGGAUUACAAUCCUCGAGAUAAUCAACUUUAUGUGUGGAAUAACUUUUUUGUCGUGAGGUAUUCACUUCUGUUUGGUCCACCAGACCCAAGCACAGGUCCAGUGACUGUCUCACCAGUUACGUCCACAACAACGGAGAAGUCAACUACUGCCACAACUACUACAACUACUUCUUUAGCAACCACACCUAUGACUACCACUGCCAAAAGAGUACCACAGACAACUCACCCUAUUGGAGCCAUUCAUCACUUAGUACCUGAAGUGCAUUCCUUUCCAUCGACUAUACCUGCCACACGCAAGCCACCACCCUCCAACCAGCAUGCCUUCCCAGAGAAGUUUUGUGAUGCAGCAGAGGUACGUGGAGUGGUGUGGCCCACCAGUCAGCAAGGCAUGCUGGUAGAACGCCCAUGUCCCAAAGGAACACGGGGUAUUGCAUCCUAUCUAUGCUUACCUGUUGAAGGUGUAUGGAAUCCAAAAGGGCCUGACCUCAGUAACUGUACCUCUCCUUGGGUCAACCAAGUUGCCCAGAAGAUAAAAAGUGGGGAGAAUGCGGCCAACAUUGCCAGUGAGUUAGCACGACAUACAAAGGGUCCCAUCUAUGCUGGCGACGUCAGCUCUUCAGUGAAGCUCCUCGAUCAGCUUUUGGAUAUCUUGGAUGCACAACUCCAAGCACUGAGACCUAUUGAAAAGGAAUCAGCUGGAAAAAGUUACAAUAAGAUGCAGAAACGAGAAAGGACCUGUCGGGAAUAUAUCAAGGCUGUGGUGGAGACCGUGGAUAACUUGCUAAGAGCAGAGGCCUUAGAAUCUUGGAAGGACAUGAAUACUACAGAACAAGCCCAUACAGCCACCAUGCUUCUGGACAUUUUAGAGGAGGGUGCCUUCCUUCUGGCAGACAACCUGAAAGAGCCUGCAAGUGUAACUGCUAGUAAACCGAAUGUCAUUUUGCAAGUUACUGUGCUGAACACAGAGGGCAGACCAGUACAAGAGCUAACUUUCCCCCAAGACUAUCCUGGCACCAGCACCAUACAACUGUCUGCAAACACCAUCAAGCAGAAUAGCCGCAAUGGUGUGGUUAAAGUGGUGUGUAUCUUAUACAACAAUUUGGGAGUUUUCCUUUCCACUGAGAAUGCCACAGUGAAGAUUGGAACGGACUUUGGUGUAUCCAACCCCACAGUUGUGGUCAACUCACAGAUUAUUGCUGCCUCCAUAAACAAGGAGUCCAGCCGGGUGUUCCUAACUGACCCUGUUGUCUUUACCAUGCCUCACCUAGAGCCUACCGAUCACUUCAAUGCUAACUGCUCUUUCUGGAAUUAUUCGGAGAGAUCAAUGAUGGGGUACUGGUCCACCCAAGGCUGCCGCUUACUGGAGACCAACAGCACCCAUACCACCUGUGCCUGCAGUCAUCUUACUAACUUUGGCAUCCUCAUGGCAUACAGGGAAGCAGUGUACCCAGGAGAGAUGCAUGAAUUACUUCUGUCUGUGAUUACAAGGGUGGGAAUUGUCAUUUCCCUUGUUUGCCUUGCCAUCUGUAUUUCAACCUUCUGUUUCCUACGAGGCCUGCAGACAGAUCGUAAUACCAUCCACAAGAACCUAUGUGUCAACCUGUUUGUUGCUGAGCUGCUGUUCCUUGUCGGGAUAAACAAGACAGAUUAUCCUAUUGCCUGCCCAAUUUUUGCUGGUCUCCUGCACUACUUCUUCCUUGCUGCUUUCUCCUGGAUGUGUCUGGAAGGUGUACAUUUGUAUCUCAUGCUAGUGGAGGUCUUUGAGAGUGAACACUCACGCUGGAAAUAUUACUACCUCUGUGGGUAUUCCUUUCCUGCUUUGGUGGUUGGAAUUGCAGCAGCCAUUGACUAUCGUAGUUAUGGCACAGGGAAAGUUUGCUGGCUGCGAGUGGACAAUUACUUCAUCUGGAGCUUUAUUGGACCAGUUUCUUUUGUAAUCAUGAUUAACCUCAUUUUCCUGAUGAUCACACUACACAAGAUGGUCCGCAGCACAUCGGUGCUGAAGCCUGAUUCCAGCCGCCUAGACAAUAUAAAAUCGUGGGCAAUGGGAGCGGUUGCAUUGCUAUUUAUACUGGGCCUGACUUGGGCCUUUGGCCUUCUGUUUAUCAGUGAGAGAACUGUGGUCAUGGCAUAUCUUUUCACCACCUUCAAUGCCUUCCAAGGAAUGUUUAUCUUCAUCUUCCACUGUGCCCUCCAAAAGAAGGUACACAAGGAAUACAGUAAAUGUCUUCGACACUCACACUGCUGUAGUCGCAACCCACCUGGUGGCUCUCAUGGUUCCCUGAAAACAUCCGCCAUGAGGAGUAACAAUCGUUAUUACACAGGAACCCAGAGUCGAAUCAGAAGGAUGUGGAAUGACACAGUUAGGAAACAGACAGAAUCAUCUUUCAUGGCAGGGGAUUUAAACAGUACUCCAACAUUAAAUCGAGGCACCAUGGCUAACCACUUGCUUGCAAACCCAGUCCUACAGACACGUAGUGGGACCAGCCCCUAUAAUACUCUGCUUACUGAAUCAGUGGGUUUUAACCCUUCUUCCCCUACUGUCUUCAAUUCACCAGGAAGCUUCCGAGAGACAAAACAUCCUCUAAACAACACUCGAGACGGCUGUGGAAUGGACACUCUCCCACUGAAUGGGAAUUUUAACAACAGCUACUCCCUCCGAAGCAGUGACUUCUCCACAGAGGCUGCCAAAGUGCCUGACUGCCGCCGUAAUCUGAGUGAUGCUGCCUUUGAAAAGAUGAUCAUCUCAGAACUUGUCCACAAUAACCUGAGAGGUAGUCUGAAGAAUCCAAGUGGUGAACCAAAUCUUCCAUCUGGUAAUGGAGGGGGUGGUGGUACCAGCAGUGAGGAUGAUGCCAUUGUACCUGAUGCCCCCUCCCUUAAUCAUGAAGAAAAUCUUGAAAUAGAGCUGAUGUACAAAGCCCUGGAGGAGCCACUGCUUUUGCAGAGGGCACAGUCAAUUCUUUAUCAGAGUGACCCAGAAGAAUCAGAGAGUUAUACUGCAGAACUUACAGAAGGUUUGGAGGGACAGAUCCAGUCCCCUAAUAGAGACUCACUCUACACAAGCAUGACCAAUCUAAGAGACUCCCCCUAUCCGGACAGCAGCCCUGAAGCAGUUGGGGAGGUUGUUGUACCUCAGUCUCAGGGCAGUGAGGAAAUCUACUACAGGAAUCGACCAGCUUUGGUUCCCCGAAAUCAGCUACAAGCCUAUUACCAAGCCCGACGGCCAAGCAAUGAAGGCUACCUAGUACAAGUAGGUAUGGACGCAUCAGUGGCAGAGGGUGAUGGACAAAUGCAACUGGUAACCAGUCUCUGAAGUUUGCUGAACUGGGGGACAAAAGACAAAAAAUAAAUUCAUGCAAGGACCCCCCUCCUCCGCUCCCUAAUGGUUAAGGUGCCCUUGUAGUUGCCUGAAAUUUUUAGUGCUGAAACAAGGACAUCUUACUGGAGCAGGGCUGCCUUAUUUUAUAAAAAGAAAUAUCAGAAAAUGAAAAUUAAAAAACUGUUAGGCCAUGUAAUGUGAAGAGCUACCUCUGUGGCACCAUUUUGUUGUAUGCGUGUGCGUAUGUGUGUAGGAAAAAAACAAACAAACAAAAGGAGAGAAAUCUAUUUUUUAAAUCCUGAGUUUUCCAAAUGGGAGUUUGGUGCAACCUCACAAGGAGGCAAUUGUAUAAAAAAAGCACAUUACAGAAGAGAAAUGUGCCCUUACAAAACAGUAGCUUUGUUUUUAAUAUCAUAAGGUUAUUUCUUUCUUUCCUUUUUUUUUUUCAUUUUCUCAUGUGGGAACUGUAAACCUGAGAAGAGGAAGAAGACAAAGACUAUGGAAAACCACUUUUGCUCUGGAAAGAUUAAAGUGUGCAACUCUCAAAAAGAAGUCUGAUUCCAAAUCAGCUAUGGAGAAAUGAAAAAGACCACAAAGAGACAUCCAGCAGAGGCAGCUAUCCAUGCAGAGAGCUGUCUGGUUUUCUUGCCAAACUAUAAAAGGAACUGAUGCCGUAAAAAAUGUUUCAUUACACUGUCAAGUGCUCUGGUCUUCAGUAUUUGACUGCCAUUAACAAGUUUGCAUGAAAAUGAUUAAAACAAUACGUUCCAGUUUUCCUUUUAGAAACAAAGCACAAAUAUACAUUGAGCAGCCUCCGUUGGGGGUCAUAAAAGCAUACUGCAUAUCAUCCCACUGUAAUUGAAUGAAAAUUAAGGAUGAUCUCUAUCAAAAGUGAUAGGAACAAACUAUAUACUGUCCACAGAUGGGACUCUUGUCAUUUGCAUGGCAGGCAGACUUGCUUCAGGAGUGACGUGUUAAUAAAAGUAACUAGCCCAUAAGAUGCAUAAAAUGAGAAAUCAGUUGUAUGAUUACCUUUAUCUGUUUUAUCAUGUAUGACAAGUGAUCAAGUCCAGCACUCAAGGGAGGGCAGUAAUUAAAUGUGGAGGGGGGGUCUUCCAGGGCAUUUACUGUAGGUGGUGCCUGCAGAUUUAUCUAGUUACUACCCUCCUUCUUCAAAAAAGGGGGAGGCAAUUUUCCCUAAACCAGUGCUCAGUUCUGCUUCCUGGAAACAGUGGUGUAAGAAGCAGUUCUGCUGACAAGAAAUGGUAACAGGUCAUGCCACAAAUCUUGUCCAGUGUAUUCUGUCCUGCAAGUAUUGUACAAUAUAUUCUGAACUAAGAAGGCCUCAGCAAUGUCCUGCCAUGGUUGUUGAAACUCAUGUUAAGCUCUGCUGUGUGACGGGCACAAAUCACAGUAAAGCACAACACUGAACUCUGGGUCAGAACAGUAGAGCCCAUGUUAAAAAUGUCUUUAAAGAUACAUGAAUUAAUAAAAUGAAAUCUGUACAUAUUGGAUGGGAGGGGUAGCCAUUCUGUAUUCUACAAGGAGAAAGAGAUGUGUUAUGGAAUUAAAAAAUAUUUAUUCUGCCCUUCAAAUUGUUUGGCAGGGAACAAUAAUGUUAUAAAAAUAUUUUAAGCAACAUUCUUUGUAAUAAUAAUAAUAAUAAUAAUAAUAAUAAUAAUAAUAAUAUAUAUCUAUAUGUGUAUAUAGAUAUAUAUUGCCUCAUACAAAAUGCAUACUUAAUGUAAAUUAUGUGAUCUUUGACAUUCCCAACAGGAAGUACUUUGUCAUAUAGAACAAAGGGAUCAGUCCCACUCCAACCAAGAAUAUGCGGUAGCAAUUUGUGGACCCAAAGAUAAUUUUAACUGUUACUUGAAGAAUGUUAGUGUUUGUUUCACAACUGUUGCAAGAUAUCCCAAUAAAUAUGCAGAUUUACAGGGGUCCACUUUUUAUAACUGGGAAUUUACUAAAGUAUAUUGGAUGAUAUAUGAGCCUGUGGCUGUGGUGGGAUUUUGACCUGGUCUCCUCUGGUUGAAAGCUUUGUACUGUGAGCACUAAACCAUAUUAUGCCUUUAAUGAGUGGAGCUAAUAAAGUACAUUUUAUCUAA